AUGGACUAUGACGAGCGCGGCUUCCUGAGCUACGAUGCGGCAAAGCACACAAAACACCCCGUCGAGCUCCUCAUCGAGCGCGGCAAGCGCACAGUCGCCGCCAUCGAGGCCCGCCUCGCCGCCGUCAACUCCCUCCAAGCCGCUGUGGCCGACUACAAGGCCGCAUACGGCAUGGCGCCCCCGCGCGGCUUCGACGCAUGGUUCAAGUACACGCAAAGCGCCAAAACAGUCGGCGCCGCGUCCAUGCUUUCCAUGGCCCAGAAGCCGUUUGUGCAAUACCUCUCUAUCCCGGCGCCCGAGCUGCGCCGGCGCAUCGAAAACGAGCGCGACAAGGAGCCCAUGUUCGCCCUCGAGUUUGUGCCAAACGGCGAGGGCGACUACGGCACCGAGUGCGAUGGCGAGCCAGACUGGUUCCCAGAGGAUUAUCAUAAACGCGGCCGCGGCCGCGUCAAGGUCCGCGGGCCGUUGGCGUGGAAGUUCCGCUGCAACAACACGCUCUCCCUUUUGCUUCCUGUACUCAAGCACCUCCCAGACGAGUUCUUUACCAUGUCGCCGCCCGUCACGAUCGUGUUCAACACGGACGACGGGCCACGAGGGCAAGUCCACCACGACUUCCAGACCCGCGCGGAAAGUAUGGGCAAAGUACUCAAGACGUGGUCGCCGCAACAGCUCGAGGCGGCGGAGAACGCUAUGCGCUGGACAACCGGGUGGCAGUGGGCAUGUCCGGAAGACAGCCCGCUGAAGCGCGCCGAAGUGGACAUUGUGCUCAACGACGCGCCGCUGCACCAGACCUCGGUCAAUCGCAAAGACUUUGUCGCCGACUACAACAUGGCCAUGGACGUGUGCUACAACCCGGAGCUGCGGGAACUUCAAUCCGCCGCGCUUCUGGACAUCCGCUUCGCAAACGUCCCGCUCACGCCGUACGUCUCGCAGUGCCGCACACUACGCAACUCGGACAUUGUCGGCGUGCCGCUCGACGGCGCAUGGGACGAAACGCAGUUCAUCCCAUGGACGGAGAAGAAGCCGAUGGUGUUCUGGCGCGGCACGGCAACGGGGGUGUUCCACGACCUGCGGCACCCGUGGCACAAGUCGCAGCGCGAGCGGCUGCACGUGUUCGCGAACAACAUGUCGGACGCGCAAGUGCCUGUGCUCGUGGACGCGGGCACGGGGGUGAAGACGGCGCACUUUCGCGUCAAGGACAUGACCGCGCGCUGGUUCGACAUCGGGCUCGCGGGCGGGCCGGUGCAGUGCGACGAAGCGGACGGGUCGUGUGCGCGUCUCGCGCAGGCGUUCAAGUGGCGCGAGUAUGUCAACAAGGAGGAAAGCGUCGCGAACAAGUUUGUCAUCGACGUAGAUGGGAACGCGUGGAGCUCGCGCUUCCGCCGCCUCCUCAGCUCGAACAACGUGGUCCUCAAGGCGUCAAUGUAUCCCGAGUGGCUCAGCCACCUCCUUGUGCCGUGGUACCACUACGUGCCGAUCCGUGCGGACUAUGCGGAUAUCUACGACAUUAUGGCCUUUUUCGAAGGCGCGCCCGACGGAUCUAGCAAAGGCCGCGACGACCUCGCACAAGACAUCGCCGCACAAGCGCUGCACCUCACGAAAACGCGCUGGCGCGACGAAGACAUGGCGUCGUUCAUGCUCCUCAUGAUGCUCGAGUACUGGCGCAUGGUGCACGACGACCGCGAGGCCGGCUCGUUCCGCCUCGGCCGCAUGCCCGCGGACGUGUAG